AGCGCGGCCGGCGGGCCCUGCGUAGCGGCGGUGGCAUGGGCGCGGGCACCGGUGCGGGCUGCGGGCGCCCGGCUCUCCGCCCGGCCCGAGCCGCUCGCUCCGGUCGCGCGCCGCAGCCUCUGCUGCCCGCGGGGAGGCGGUCCCGGCAGCCGGCGCAACUUGCCUCGGCGCCUCGGUGAGAGGAGCGCAGAGCGGAGAGAGCUUGCGGGACGCGAUGCCUCCGGCCGGCGGCCCCCGCACACCGCGCCCGCACGCGCUGCCCCGCAGCCUGUCCCGCCUGCGCGAGUGCCCGGGCCGUUCCCGCAUCGUGCUGGCUCUCGGGGCCACGCAGAUGGCGCUCGGAUGCCUCAUCGUGGCCGUGAGCUUCGCGGCGCUGGCUCUCACCACCUCCGCCCGCGUGCGCCACUCCUGCCCUUUCUGGGCCGGCUUCUCGGUGCUGCUGUCUGGACUCAUUGGUGUUGUCUCCUGGAAGAGGCCUCUCUCGCUUGUGAUCACCUUCUUCAUGCUGCUCUCUGCAGUGUGUGUGAUGCUCAACUUGGCCGGCUCUAUCCUCUCCUGCCAGAAUGCCCAGCUUGUCAGCUCCCUCGAAGGCUGCCAGUUGAUCAAGUUUGACAGCGUGGAGGUGUGUGUGUGCUGCGAGCUGCAACACCACUCGUCCGGAUGCAGCAACCUCGGGGAGACACUGAAGCUGAACCCACUGCAGGAGAACUGCAAUGCUGUGCGGCUGACCUUGAAGGACCUCCUCUUCAGUGUCUGUGCCCUUAAUGUCCUCUCCACCAUUGUGUGCGCCUUGGCCACAGCCAUGUGUUGCAUGCAGAUGGUCUCUGCUGAUGUCCUGCAGAUGUUCUUCCCUCAGAGGUCUCACUCUGCCAACGCUGCCUGUGUGACUCCCCAUGGCACCAUUCUCCACCAGACCCUGGACUUCGACGAGUUUAUUGCCCCCCUCCCGCCCCCGCCCUACUACCCUCCAGAGUACACCUGCACACCCACAGCGGAGGCUCACAGGGGGCUCCACCUGGACUUCGCUUCCUCACCCUUCAGCACUCUGUAUGACGUCACCAUCAACAGUCCUGGCCUGCUGUACCCUGCUGAGCUGCCCCCACCAUAUGAGGCCGUGGUGGGUCAGACUCCUGCCAGCCAGGUUGCAAGUGCCGAUCACCAGGUGGUUGACUCCAGUUCUGGGGACCCAAACACUGCUGCGGACUUCAGCACCCCAGUGCCUGCCAGUAGCACGAGUCUCCCAACAUCAGAGGGGGCCACCUCACUGGGUCCAAGCCACCCAUCCCCUGAUGGCACUUUAGACACCCCACCGCCCCUUCUACCCGCUCCGGUCCCUCACCAUAUGUCUCCAGAGGCAACAAGCUUGAGCACACAGGUACAACCAAGCCCAGGGCGUGUGGCCCGCUCAGCCAGCGACCCCACCUCCUGCACAUCCAGCGAAGCAGUCUCCAUAUCACGCCCAGCCAUGGGUGCCUGUCAGCCCCAGCUCUCAUCCACUGGUGACUCAGAUGCCUGGAAAACGAACCAACGGGCCAAGCCAGAGACCUUACAGACCGUCUCCAAAGAGCGGCCACACUCUUUAGUGGAGAGCAAGGCCUAUGCAGACACCAGGGUUCUGGUGGCUAAGUUUUUGGAACACACACACUGCAGCCUCCCUACAGAGGUUCGACAUGUGGUGGGUACCAUACGGUCAACGGCCACUUCAGAGGAGCCCAGGGUGGAGGAGGCCAUCUUUGGUGCUGGCGUCCUGGACCAGCUAUGAAGCAGCUACAGGCCUGGAUGUGGACACUGAUGGGCCCAGUGCCUGCAAAGUGUGGGUCCUGCAAGAUGUCACCAUGCUUGGUAGAGAAAGGCCUUUGGCCUGCUGGACUGAGAACAUCCAGGAUAUCCAGGAGGCUCACUGGUGGACCGGGCAAGGAACUGUUACUCUUUCUCCCAUCGGUUGUCUUCCUGGGGACUGUUUGUCCCCUGUCCCACUAACUCAGAGAUGUUUCUCUCCUGCUCUUAGUGAGCUGUGGUGGCUUCAGGGGUAUAGCACCUCUUGAACUGAAGACUGUGAUGGGAAUACCAUUCCGGGGACAGGUGACACUUGUGGGACAUAAAGACACUGCCUCUGCCCCAAGUCAAGGCCUUUAACACACGAUGCCCCUCUGGACCUGGUUUGGUUCAGUGUUAAAAGAAUAUAGGGUAGCAGCGGCCGUGGAGCCAUGUGGCUGGUAUCACUCUGCAAUGAGUCCUUUAUCAGAUUCAGACCCAUUACUUCCUCUCAAAGGCAAUAGGUGAUGUUCACACCGCCCCGGACCAUCUUUUCACCCACUGGGCUGUCAUGCAAACAAAUCUACAAUGAAAGCUUUUCUACAUAACUCUUGGGAAGCAAGUACGUGUCACAAGGGCUUGAAAUGCCCACCUCCUCUGAGUCCUGGGCCUCCCCACUAGACCUCUGUCUGUGGGUUGCUAUCCCCACCUCUCCCUAGGCCCCUCCCCCACAGCCUCCCAUCCUUUAACCACAGCAAAUACUUGUUACUUGUGUCUUAACAGUAAGCUUCUCUCCUCAUCCUUGGAGGACUUCCCCUCGUAUCUGACCUCACUCACCUAAUUGUGCUGGGUAGGUCACAGUCUGGGGCUAGGGAAGCUACCAUCUGCUAUAUGUGCACCCCCGGCUAAGGCAAACCUCUCUCUCAUGACCUAGAGUUGUCCUUUUGCGGCUCAGGUGGCAGCAGGCACACCUGCAGUGAAGGAUACAAGUGGUCAGUGUCUUAUUUCUGGGAGAAUGCCAGUGGUAGACAUCCAGAAGCAAGGCAAACCCAGCUUAGGCACAACCGGGUGGCUUGGGGCAAAAUGGCCAUCCCAGACUUUCCUGGCUGUUUCAGACCUCAUUUUCGAGCAAGAUCAACAGCAACCACUUCUCAACAAUGGGUCUGGAGCAGCACUGCCUACAAGAACUUCUUGUACAAAACAGAAAUGCCCACAUCUGUUUCAUCCCCAGCAGCAGUUAUAAUCAUGGGAGGUCCCUGCAACUGUCGUGGGCCUGUGAGCCUCACUCUAGGCACAGAAGCCCUAAGUCUGUGAGUAGUGCCAGGGUGGACCAGAGGGUACCUGCCAUUGUUCGGUGCCCAGCUGGUAGGUUUAGGCAGCUCUUCUCUCCAUUUUGCCAGCCCUUGCCUGACCUUCUACUACCCUGAUCCAGUCCCCAAAUUCCCUGUAGCCAAUAUGUUGAAGGCCUCUGUGUGUUCGGAAGCAAUGGAGGUUCAGGCCACACACGGCCUCUGAAAACCCCUAGCGGCGAUCAGCUGUCCGUGCCCGAUGGCUUUACCAUUGCCAUAGGCUGUUGCCUUCCUGAGGUUAGAGAGCUGGAAAAUAUAAAUCAGGCAUCUGACAGCACCCUUGCCUCUCCCACAGGAGAAUUAAUAGAGAUGGAAUUUUUGAGCACUUUAUUCAGACCGUAAAAUCCUCUAAAUUUCCCUUGAGUGAGGGCUUUGAAAAUCCCCCCCCCCCAGAGCACAUCCCUUACAGGUGGAAUGGCUCGCCCCGAGCUUCGCAGCACGAAAUACUUUCAUGCCUGGUUGCUAGGCAUUUUCACCACCUCAAGGAUGGGGUGAAGUGAGGUAGUGGCAGGGUAGCACCUGAUUGGAGGAUCCAUGAAGCAGUGCUUAAACAUUUGUGGAUCUCAGAACAAUCUAUGACCCAAGAGAAGCCAGGACCAACCCCCAACCCAACUGACCCAGGCUCUGAGGUAUUUUCAUAGUGUGGCCAGGGUGACCAUUUUCUGGAUUGCACACAGGGCACUGUGGCCUUCGUGCUGCCUCUUUACUGCAGGCCCUCAACUAGCUAUCAUGUGGCACUUCUGACUCAAGCCGCACCUCUCCUCAGGUGCAGGCUACCCCUACUACCCGGAAGCCCUGAGUCCCAGACAUUCUCAAGGAAGUGGUGUACACACACCGUUCUAACUAGGCUGUGAGAUGGCUCCCCUAACAGACGUAUAUGCUGGAUAAAGAAACUACAGCACUUCAUGCUAUAGGGUGGGUGUUCCAUGACACGUCAAUCUUGGUUCACCUUCUCAGAGCCCUGGGUGGACCAUGAAGGCAUUAAAAUGCCCAAGAUCCAGGCUUCCAGGGAGUCAGAGGCACUGGGAACAGCCACCAGACAAUGGUCUUGCAGUUUGACUCGUCUCUCCCAGGUCCCCUAACCCUGUCUCAGUGGUGAGCGAGUAUUAGGAACCCAGGCAGGUAUGUGGGUCCCUUGUUGAAGCAAAGGCUGUCCCCCUUCCCACUGCUUGCACAUGUUUCCAUCUUGGAAGGUCUGUCCUUCUUCUUUUGCUGGUAUCUGAACUGGGCCCACUGGUAAUCAUUUGGGGGAAGACGCUCUCAUGCUCAGUUUGCCAGGUCGUGGGCCCCCAGCCAAAAAACAAAAAAAGAGUAUCUUCUAGGACAUCCUUCAACUCUGCUUGGGGGGCAGGAAGAUGCUGAUGUGAACCCAGUGUGGGCAGCAACUCUACUGUGAGGAAGGCUGGAGGCUUCACAACGAGGACUUAGGUCUCCUUCCCAGGGAGGCCCCGAUAAAAUCCCAAAUGCUUGCAACCAGCCCUGGAGUGGGAAGCUCACUGUGGAUCUUCUCCCCACCCCCAACCCCCACUCAGCUGUGUCAGUCCACAGCUGCUGCUGAAGCAGAGUUUAUAGGAAAUUGUUUUCAGGCCACCAGAGACCUGUUUGUACAACAUGAAAGGUUGUAUUUAUUUAAUGUACCUCAAGGUGUUUUAAUAAUGAUCAGUGUUUUAAUAAAAAGUAUUUCUGGUC